AUGUCUCAGAAAAGCAAUGUUCAGGCCGUUGACCAAGAACUCCGCAGCGCUCUAAUAAGAACCAACAUAGCUCUGCUUCAGCGAGAGAUCCGCGAGAAGAAGGACUGGUACACUACGCGGCGCGUCGUAGUCCGUAAGCGCAACGGCCGUAUCCACCUUUCCCGGCUCGGAUCGCAGCGGAAGCAAAGCCACAGCGGAUACACUUCCGAGGAAGAGGACGAGUCCCAGAACAGCGGCUUCACGCUAAUCGACGAGCCACCAUCGUCGCGGUCCACCAGGUCCAGCUUCGGAUCUGUCGCUUCCAACUUUGCUUAA